GCUCUGGCGACUGCGGGAAGCCCCGGCUAUAGCAAUCGAUCUGUGAGUGAAAAGAUGGCGGAGGCAGGGCCCAGCUAGCCCGAAGCAGCGGCACGGCGAGCGCAACACACCUCGAUAGCAGGCCCAAGAGAGGGCGGGGAAACGGAGCCAGCAACCCAGCGGGGUAAAGAAAGGAUGGAUUUUCCACAGCAUAGUCACCAGGUUCUGGAGCAGUUGAAUCACCAGAGACACCUUGGUCUGCUCUGUGACUGCACCUUUGUUGUAGAUGGCAUUGACUUCAAAGCACACAAGGCAGUGCUGGCCGCAUGCAGCGAAUAUUUCAGGACAUUGUUCUUGGACCAGAAAGAUGUGGUCCACCUUGACAUCAGCAAUGCAGCAGGUCUCGGCCAGGUGUUAGAAUUCAUGUACACGGCCAAGCUGAACCUGACCUCGGCGAACGUUUUUGAUGUUCAGGCAGUGGCUGGCUUCCUUCAGAUGCACAACAUUGUCAGCACCUGUAACACUUUCAUCGAAGGUAGGUCCUGCACACCAUCACCGGCUAUCAGCAAAGAGGAACCUUCUCCUUCAGCCAGUGGUAUAGAGACGCCAGGCAGUGACGGAAAGCAAGAGAAAGAAGUGGUCACAGAUAGUCCUGAGGAGCAGAAGAAGGAUCCAGCUGAUGAAGUGAAGGAUGAAGCACCAGUGGAGUCAGAGGACGACGAUACAACAAUGGAGUUUGAAGAUGACGAAGACAAAGAUUACAAGCCUGGAGACACUGUAAAGGAUGCUGUCUCGAAGAUAUAUGGUAAACGCAGGCACCUUCCUGGCAGGAAGAGCAUUUCGAGUGACGGCAAAGAUGCCAGGAUUUCAGAAAAUUCCAAUGAAGAGACAGCAGAAGAUGAGUUGAGUGAGACUGAUAAAGUGGAGCAAGAUGAAGACACUGAGAUAAAAGAGAAUGGGGAUGUAAUGACACACAGUCAUGGAGACAGUGGGGAACAUUCUGAAUUUAGUGAAAAGCUAGAUGCAGCUUCAGAAUCAGACGCAACAUUGGACGAUCAGGAUGGUGCUCAUGAUACCAGACGUCGUCGCUUUGGACCAUACAUCGACCGCACUGAGUCCCGUCCUUAUGGCUCAAUAACGCACAAAUGCAAGGACUGUGGUAAAGAAUUCACACACACAGGAAACUACAAGCGGCACGUCCGCAUCCACACGGGAGAGAAGCCGUUCUCCUGCAGGGAGUGUAAUAAAGCAUUCUCUGACCCUGCAGCCUGCAAAGCACAUGAGAAAACACACAGUCCUGUUAAACCUCAUUCCUGUGAAGAGUGUGGGAAGAGCUACCGGCUCAUCAGUUUGUUGAACUUGCAUAAGAAGCGACACACGGGUGAGGCUAAGUACACGUGUGAUGACUGCAGGAAAACAUUCACCACCUCCGGCAACCUGAAACGCCACCAGCUGGUUCACAGUGGUGAGAAGCCUUACCAGUGCGAUUACUGUGAGAGAUCAUUCUCUGAUCCCACUGCCAAAAUGCGGCAUCUCGAAAUGCAUGAUGCUGACAAGGUUCACAAGUGUCCACACUGUGAGAAACGUUUCAAUCAGCUGGGGAACUUGAAAGCCCAUCUGAAGAUUCACAUUGUGGAUGGACCCCUGAAGUGCAGGGAAUGUGGGAAGCAGUUCACCACAUCAGGAAACCUUAAACGCCACCUGAGGAUCCACAGUGGGGAGAAACCGUACGUCUGCCCACAUUGCCAGCGAGCAUUUUCUGAUCCUGGAGCAUUGCAGCGUCAUGUGCGCAUUCACACAGGUGAGAAGCCUUGUAUCUGCAUCAUAUGUGGGAAAAGCUUCACUCAGGCGAGUUCUCUAAUAGCUCAUAUCAGGCAACACACAGGGGAGAAACCGUAUGUCUGUGAUCGCUGUGGUAAAAGGUUUACCCAAUCCAGUCAGUUGGCCAAUCACAUCCGGCACCACGACAACAUCCGGCCACACCAGUGUCACAUCUGUAACAAGGCAUUUGUUAAUGCUGGUGACCUUGCUAAACACGUCAUCAUCCACACUGGUGAAAAGCCCUAUCUCUGUGAUACAUGUGGACGGGGUUUCAAUCGUGUUGACAAUCUGCGGUCACAUGUUAAAACUGUCCAUCAGGGAAAGACCAGCCUUAAAAAGCUCAAAACUAAAGACGAGGAGGAUGAUGAAGAAGAAAGGAAUGUUGUCACUGUUACAACAGACACCGUGGUUACCUUGGCAACUGAGGCACUGGCUGCUACUGCAGUAACUCAGCUGACUGUGGUUCCUGUGGCAACAGCAGUCACUGCUGAUGAGACAGAGGUCCUGAAAGCAGAGAUUACAAAGGCAGUAGAGCAGGUUCAGGAAGCAGAUCCAAAUGCUCACAUCCUAUAUGCCUGCGAUUCUUGUGGGGAAAAGUUCCUGGAUGCCAACAGCCUGGCACAGCAUGUGCGCAUCCACACAGCCCAAGCCCUGGUCAUGUUCCAAGCUGACACAGACUUUUACCAGCAAUAUAGCAAUGGCAGCUGGCAAACUGAGCACGUCAUCCAACCUGGAGAACUCCUGUUCAGAGCACGGGAUGGGACGGAUCUGCCACCUGCUGUUGCCGAACAGACUCAAGUUGAGAGUUGCCAGAAUCCCUCACAGUGAGGGCGUGAUAGAGGCAGCCAGGUACACUGUGCAAGACAUGUAGGACAAUAUCACAAAUGCACUGUUGUUACGACUAUGCUGAAUGCAGCAGUUCAACUGUGACUUGGACACUAAAGAAGAGGAAGCUGCAAAACUCACUUUAUAACUGCUCUCCUUCAACAUGUAAAGAGGCUUUGUGCUUUUCUCAAUUCAAAUCAUAUUGUAAAAGCAGAAUUAACCUGGGCACCAACAUUGUGGAUUCACAGCUGCAGGACUGUGAUAAAACAAGGCAGUGAUGAUGGUUGUAGAUUGAAACUGCUGUUCAGCUGCCCUGUUAGAAAGAUUUCUGAUUUUUCUUCAUAUUGAAUGCACUAGGCCCAGCCCAGUGAGGGUUGGUGUUGGAAGGGAAGCUUUAGCCCCCUGGGGAUUUGAACCCACAAUUAUGAAGCAACAGUCAACAUUAUGCACUACAUGGGAUCCGUUUAAUGCACUAUGAUCAUUACUAAGUGGUCACUCCUUGUGAGUGUCAGCUCACACCAGAAUGCCAAGUCCCAUUGUUGCUGCACACAUUGUGCAUUGUUUUUCUAUGCUGAAUGGCUCCACCAUUUGUGCUAUGUAGGAUAAGAAGCAUUUCCAUUAUUAGAUCAGCCUGACUGAUGGCCUAUUUUUAAGAAUAAAGAAAAUGCAAAGAGCACAUUUUGGGCAUCCUCUUUGAUCACCAGUUCUUAAAAACAUGACCCAGAAACAGAGCUGUUCAAAAUACUGCUAAAGCAUUUCAGUGAUUGGAUCCAUGUUCUGCAAAGUAGGCGUUCUAUUGGCAGAACUGAUUGAAGUAAAGACAAACCUUAUUCUUGAUGAGUUAGCACCAUCGGGUUACAUUAGUGCUGCAUUGGUGCUGUUUGACUCUGGUAAUUUAGUGAGGUUUUGCUGCAAUUUCCAUAGCAUGAUCUUUGUAACUGGGCCAGUUCUGGGCCUGGAAGCUGACACCAUGUAGUAUCAAAUUCCUGUUGACCGUUAUAGCGGAAGGAAAACUCAUUGACUUAAGAGAACACCUUCUUAUUGCCCAUUCAUCCCAACCAUGUUCCAAACCAAUUCUAAAUCCGCGAAACAGAAGCAAUUGCUUUGAUGGUAUGUUUCAAACUGUAUUUUAGACAGUAUUAGGGUUUGUGUUUCUUGGAAUAGAAGCUGCCUGUCCUUUUAGAAGACUUUUCUCUUGAACCACAUGAUUUCCACAUUUUGCUCUCACAGAUGGACUGCCAUUUUUUUUUAAACACCCCAGCUGUUGCUAUCAAUUACUGCUGAAAUUCUCUCAUCUUGUGUUUGGAUUAUGAAACCAUUCCUUGAGUUUCUAAGAGCAUCAUUCUGUGUGCGAGAAUAAUUUCUGCUACUUACCCAGUGUCUCUGCAGCAUGUCUUGGCCUGAAAAGCUGACUAUGAAAUGGUUAAAAACUGUGACAUCAGAUUAAUUACCACAGCUGAAUACCAAACAAAGGAAAUCCCAAGUUUUUAAAGAGAUCCUCCAUAUCUAUUUAUACUCAAGAAACACCAGAGAAACGUUAAGGAUCUGCUUUGGGUCACACUAUAAAAUUCCUGUUAUUAGGAACUAAAGCGUCAGAAAAAUCUCUCUCAUGAUCUCACCUUAGUUAGUCUUUCUCAUCAACUGGUCCCAGCCAAACAACAAUCUCAGCUGGAUAAAAUCUGAAGAUACAAAUAAAAACAAAUCCUGCUAGAACACCUCAAGGUCUUACAGCAUCUGUGAAGCAAGAAAUUAAGUUAACGUUGAAUCUCAAAAUUCUUCCCUUGAAAGGGUUCCCUCCAGCAUUUUUGUUUUUAUUAACAAUCUCCGUGUGGUCUGUUUCUGCUUUGUAUCUCCUUACUAGUCUAAGAAAGAUGUGGGAAUUUUCAGACUUCCUCUGGGUUGCAUGCAACUGCCAGCAAUUGAUAUAUUGAUCUUCAGUACUUGAAUCUUAGACUAAUGGUGCAAGAGGGAAAGAGAAGUGAUUCAUGAAUAAGUUUCUUAAAGGGACAGAUAUUUAGGUGUUUUCUAUAGACGCUGAACACACACACCACACCCUCAGUUGCAGUGAUGUCUGUACAUGGUAUAUGAAAUUUGUUUUAAAAUGGGAUAAUUAUUAACUUAAGAUAAACACUUGGUUCAUCACUCACUACCUGUCUUGAGUUUUUCUCCUGCUGAAAUGGGCACUUCCGUUUAUGUAAAUAUUUAAAAGUCUGGAUCAGUCCCAAAAAAUAUCUAGUACAUAAAGUGAAGCAGUAUGUUUUGUGAGUAAUGGUGUCAGGAUGCAUUUCAUUUCCUCUAUUCCUAUAAAGGGUAAUGCUUGGGUUGUCUUAAUUCAAAUUGCAGUCAUUGGUUACCUUGAGAUAUUGCAUUCUCAUCUUAAAUGUGUUGUGUAACAUUAAUCUUCUAUCUGAUCUCUCCAAUUUGAGUACAUUAAACCUACACACACAGUAGCUGAUCCCUUUUACAACUGGAAUCCAAAUGAAUCAGUUGUUUCAGGACUUAUUCUCUGCCCCAUGGGCAUCUGCAUUAAAUGCUUUACACAAAGGGUAGACAUUGGGAAUUCUUCUGGCUCGAUGUGGAGUUAAUAAAGAUUGAACAUUGAAUAUACAGCAGAAUUAAAAUUUAUAGUUGGAGAUUCCCCAAUGAUUCUGGGGUAAACUCCAAGUCGGAUUAGCUAGAAAGAUCAGAAAAAAUCUAAUUUCUAGUCUGUUUUGGGCUAACUGAUCUGAACCAUGGAAGUAUCUGGUUUAACACUUAGCAAUGAGGGUGUGAAAAAUAAAUCAUCCAAGUUGGUCCUUGCAAUCAUGAUGCAAACCUGUGAUACUAAAAGGCUACCUGAAUCCAAGGAACUGAAUCCCAGUGGGG